AUGGUUCAUCAUGGCACCUCGGCCUUUUAUCUCGAGCCAAUGGCUACCAAUGUAGCACGCUAUAGCCCCUCGUGCCCUCCUGUACGAAGCUCGAGUAACUUCCAGUCUUUCUUCAUCCAGCAUGGACGCCAAUCUAAGCCUCUUUUCUGUGCUUCUGAGACUGGACCCCUGCCCACCGAAAAGCCUACUCUGACCACGUUUGUCAAUCCCCCACGCUGA